CAUUUUAUUGUUAUUAUUAUUAUUAUUAUUGUUAGCAGGACGAGGUCUUCAUGGCAACAAGCAAGGGUUCAAGAACAUUCCUGGAAAAUCCUGUGAUGUUCCACAAGUUAUGACAAGAGACAAUAUCUUUUUAUAUCCUUCUUUUUUCUUUCUUUUGUCAUUCUCCAUUUCUAAUAUUUGCAUAUUACGUUCUGAAUUUAUUUACCAUUUACUUAUUUCAUAUCACUGAAACAAUUGCUACAUUUUAUUUAUUAUUUGCUAUUAUUAGUUAUGUGACAUAUCCUCAUUUCUGUGCUAUUUGUUCGAUGUCUCGAAGCGGCGCCGCAUUGAAGAUCUGAAGUUUAUUGACCUUCUACUAAAAGAACAAAGUGAACUUUGACUUUUCAACCUUGAAUAACCUUCAUUCAAAGCAAACCCACACGUGCGAAACGUGUUGCUCAGUGGGUUCCUCUCCUCCUUUCCUCUCCUAUCACCGGCUCCUCUGCACCUCCUGUUUUGGGGAAGCCGCCUCCCCUCCCGUGUCCUCCUCCCCCCCCCUUGCGGUCUCCUCAGUCUCCCCUCUCGGUGUCUCGGAGCAGAAGGAGAAACCGGAGGAGCGGCAGAGCGAUGCUGAGAGCGCAGCAGGAUGUCUUUCACCUCCUCCUCCUCCUCCUCUCCCUCCUGGUCCCGGACUCUCCUCACCUUGCUCCUUUUGCACCUCCUGCCGCCGUGCCUCCUCCAUCCGCAGCCGUGCCACCUCCUGGCUCAGAUCGGACACACGGUGCGCGUCGGCGCGCUCCUCCCGGCGCAGCGGGGGGCUCGCGUUCAGGUCCAGGCGGCGCUGAGCCGCGCGGCGGCCGCGAUGGACCGGGACCGGGACCGGGACAGGGACCGGGACAGGGACCCGAACCGGGAGCGGAACAACUUUCUUCCCUACAACUUGAGCCUGGAGCUUGUUUCCCGCCAGCCGGCCGCCGCGGACCCGGAGUCCCUGUUCCGGUGCGUGUGUCAGGGCGUGGUGGUGCAAGGAGUCUCCGCCGUGCUGGCCUUCCCGCAGAGCCGCGAGGAGCUGCUACAGGUGGACUUCAUGGCCUCGUUCCUGGAGAUCCCGUUCCUCAGCGUCAUUGAGCACGGAGAGCCGCUCCGCACGCAGAACCGGUUCCACCUGCAGAUGGCGAUGGGGGUUCCAGAGUCCGGUCUGUCCAACCUGCUGCUGACGGUUCUGCAGCGGUCCGGUUGGAGGGAGGGCACCGUGGUUCUGUGCCGGGGCUGGGAGGAGGCUCGGGGUCUCCUGCGGCUGCUGGACAGCGGCAGCUGGAGCGGUGCAUCGUGGGACGGCGGGGGCGCAGUCACCUGGCACGUGCGCGCCCUCCUUAACCUGACGCAGUCGGCGCACGACGACACUCAGAUCCACGACUUCCUGUCGCGGCACUUCCGACAGAACCAGCCCUCGCCCGCAUCGGUGCUGCUGUUCGGAGCCGACCCGCAGUGCGCGGCGGCGGUGCUGCGCAGCGCUCAGGACCUGGGCCUCACCUUACCCAUGGUGCACUGGGUGCUGGGCCAGCCACUCAGCCCUGACGCGCUGCACGCCAUCGGGCUGCCCCUCGGCCUGCUGGCCUACGGGGAGGUGGAGAGGAAACCGCUCGACUUCUACGUCAGCGACGCCCUGCAGCUCGUCACCAGGGCCAUCGCCGCGGCGACGUUGGUACGGCCGGACCUGGCGCUGAUCCAGAACAUGGUGAACUGCUACGACAAACCCAACAAACACGAGGUGCCGUCCUCCGGACAGUACCUGUCCAGGUUCCUCUCCAACACGUCUUUCUCCGGUCUCACAGGUCCCGUCCGAGUCCACCAGAACAGGUCUCAGGUCCUCACCUCGCAGCGUUUCCACAUCUGGAGCUUGCGACGGGACGCGCUGGGUCAGCCCACCUGGGUGACGGUGGGCAGUUGGGAGGGAGGCCAGCUCAAGGUGGAGGACCAGGGAGUCUGGCAGGGCCCCAAACCUCGCCACAGGACCGACGGCGUGAGUGGGAGGACGAGGGGCCGCUGGAAGCCGGGGAUGCCGGUGGUGGGGAAUCGGGUUCGGGUGGUGACCCUGGUGGAACAUCCUUUCGUUUUCACGCGGGACGUGGACGAAGAAGGAAGCUGCCCGGCCGGGCGCUACUGCCUGGACGCCAGCACCAACAGCUCGGAUACUUUGGAGAAAAUCUUCAUGGAGGUGGCCGGGGGCAACAGCAGCUCCCUGCCCGCAGAGCACAACAAGUGUUGCUACGGAUACUGCAUCGACCUGCUGGAGAAACUGGCCGAGGACCUGGGCUUCGAGUACGACCUUUACAUCGUGGGAGACGGGAAGUACGGGGCGUGGAAGGGGGGCCGCUGGACCGGGCUGGUGGGAGAUCUUCUGAACGGGCUGGCAGACAUGGCCGUGACCUCCUUCAGUAUUAACUCCGCCCGGAGCCGGGUGAUCGACUUCACCUCGCCCUUCUUCUCGACCAGCCUGGGCAUCCUGGUGCGCAGUAAGGACACUGCGGCCCCCAUCGGAGCCUUCAUGUGGCCCCUGCACUGGUCCAUGUGGGUGGGCAUCUUCGUGGCGCUGCACAUCACCGCCCUUUUCCUUACGCUUUACGAGUGGAAGAGUCCGUAUGGCAUGACGCCUCACGGACGCAACAGGGUGAGGGUGUUUUCAUACUCGUCUGCUCUCAACCUGUGCUACGCCAUUCUGUUCGGACGCACCGUCUCCUCCAAGACGCCAAAGUGUUGGACGGGUCGGUUUCUGAUGAACCUGUGGGCCAUCUUCUGCCUGCUGGUGCUGUCCAGCUACACCGCCAACCUCGCCGCAGUGAUGGUGGGGGAGAAGACUUUUGAGGAGGUGUCAGGAAUCCACGAUGCCAAGCUGCAUCAUCCGUCGCGGGGUUUUCGUUUCGGGACGGUGAGGGAGAGCAGUGCAGAGGAUUACAUGAAGAAGAGUUUUCCAGAGAUGCACGAAUACAUGCGGCGCUUCAACGAGCCAACAACACCCGAAGGAGUGGCCACUCUCAAGACAGAUCCUCCUCAGCUUGACGCCUUCAUCAUGGACAAAGCUCUCCUGGAUUACGAGGUUUCCAUCGACGCCGACUGUAAACUUGCAACAGUUGGGAAACCGUUUGCUAUCGAAGGUUAUGGCAUCGGUCUGCCCCAGAACUCCCCCCUGACCUCCAACAUCUCAGAAUUCAUCAGCAGGUACAAAUCGGAAGGCUACAUGGACCUGCUGCACGACAAGUGGUACAAAGUGGUUCCCUGUGGAAACCGUGUGUUCGCCGUCACAGAGACCCUUCAGAUGGGCAUCAGUCACUUUUCGGGGCUCUUUGUGUUGCUGUGCGUCGGCGUGGGCGGAGCCCUGCUGACGCUGGCAGGCGAACACGGUUUCUACCAGCUCGCCCUGCCGUACAUCCGCCGCCGACAGAAGCUCAAGUACUGGCUGCACACCUCGCAGAAAAUCCACCGAGCUCUGAAUAUGACGUAUGAAGACGUAAAGAGGAAGCAAGCUGAAAAAGAGAAAAGCUGUGACCUCCAGAAGCCUCAGCCCCCCUGCGGCCUCCCCGCUGCGCCGGCCCCCGGGGCCUCGGCCAAGUGGAGCAACGAGGACGGUAAGGCCGCCGCUAAGGACGCCCGAGACUUCAAACAAGUCCAAUUCCACCUGGAGACCCUCAACACCCGCCGCCUGCUCGCUAGCAUCGGUACCUCCGACGCCAAGGGGGGAGGGGCCAAAUCCGAAGGGCAGGGGCCGGCGAAGGCGGGGCCUAACAGCCGGCAGUGUGAGAACGGAGGGCCGGCGGUGUCACUGGCCAGCCUCCUCCACUCACGAUCUUUGGCAUCCUCCGCUUCGGCCGCCUCCUCCGCCCAACGCAAUACCUCUGUGCCUCCCCCUGCGCCUCCCUCUGUCGCCGUCGGAGUCCCCACCGCGGCCGUUGCCCCUCCCCCCGUGGUGGUUGCUCCACCCCGGCCCGGUGAGCUGCAGGAGCUACAGGAGCAGAUCGACCAGAUGAGGGAGAAGCUGAGGACGGCUCUGGCCAGGAGGGCAGAGAUCCAGACGAGCCUGGCCAAACCCGUCGCCACGGCAACCAACAACCUGAGUGCAGUUACCACAACCACGAUGACAACAACCGCAGCGCCGCCCAGCGCCCCGCCCCCCAGCGCCCCGCCCCCCAGCGCCCCGCCCCCUAUUGCCCCAGUAAUGCCUUUCCCUGCCAACACUAAGUGCGUGACGACCAUGACGGACCCACCUCACAAAGUCCUGUCCAAAGUCCGGCCCUUCCACAGCAGACUGGCCAAUCAGAGGUGAUGCUGACUGCACGGGUCACAUGACUCUCUACACACAGCGGCCAUUUUGAAACACUGAAAGGAUUUUAUUUUUAAAUGCCAAAGUUAAGCAGGAGCUCACUCAGAUAUGCCAAUAAGGCCACAGGGGGGUCAUUUGUUCAGCUGUAAAAUAAACUAUACUUGUAUUAUAAUGUGUUUGUACAUUACAGACUUCUAACUCAAACUCAGUGAGUCAUGCAUGGGGGGACUUCAAUACAACCCAAUGAGACCUUCUAUCACGUGGUAGUAAAAUCACAUUUGCGGUAUUUACAAGGUUUGGUUGACAGAAUGGACUUUCAUAAAUAUACAAGUUAUUGAAAUAGGUUUCAAAUGAAGUUGGUUUGAGAAUUGAACACCUUUUAUAUUGCAUUUUAACACAGUUGAAAAUGUUUUAGAACAUAGAAAGAAUUCUACAAAAUGAUCAAAUAACAUAAAUCCACCUCCAAAAAGAUUAGGCAGGUGUAAUAAACCCUUAUGUUGAGCAUAUGAACCAAAAAGCACUUAAAAAAGAAUUGUACAGUUAUGUAUAAUAUUCCAGAAAUAUGUUUAUUGUUCAACAUCAAAUUCCAGAACGGAAAACUAUUCCUCUAAAUUAAGGGGCACAAUUAAAUCUAACAAAUAAGCUAUUAAAAUGAGUCCUAAUGUACUUGUUUUGGAACAGUAAUGUGUUGUAAUUUUAAUCGCUGGAUGUUCAGGGCCAAAUAAGCUGAUUUUUAAGGCAAUUUCCUUCAAUUUCCCGAUUCAAAUGGCCACAGUUUGGGACGUCAGCAAGUAAAAAUAUAUGAGUCACUUUACAAACAUUUGGAGUAAAUGGGGAUCCUCAGACUGUUUAGAAUGUCGGUGAAUCUAAAGUUUUUCAGGUUUUUUUGUAGAAACAAGACUUACUGUGAGGCAAGUUUAGCAAACAUCCGAGGAA